GAUUAAUCCAGAAGGAGGAUCACUUCCUACGGAUUAAACCAAUCUCGUGGAAAUCCGCAGAAUGGGGUAUCGAGUGGGUUCGGUGUGCGAUGCGGAUUUGCAACGCACAUGCCACGUUUCAGGGGGCUAUGAAUGUGACGUUCCAGAAAUUCGUCAACAAGACGCGGCUAACUCAAGGGAUGAUUAACUUUUGUGUCAUCAUGUACAAGAACGACAUCCUGGUUUACUCGGAGACCUAUCACGGACAUGCACAACACAUCGAGUGGAUGCUGGGAGCUCUGAGAGAUGCUGGGUUCAAAAUCGUGCUCGAGAAGAGCGAAUUUUUCCUCUCGGAAAUCUCGUUCUUGGGCUACGUGGUGACACGCGGAGGACUGCGGCCAGAUUUGAGAAAGGUCGCGGCGGUGAAAGACACCCCUGUUCCCACGUCACUCACGCAGGUUCGAGCUUUCUUGGGACUAGCGUCGUACUUUUGUCGUUUCAUCAAGGGCUUCGCCGCAAUUGCACGACCUCUAACGAACUUGCUAUGGAAGGACCUGCCCCUCAGUUGGGACGCAGAGUGCGAACAAGCCUUCACCACCCUCAAGGACGCCCUGGCUACGACGCCUAUUUUGAUCCGGUCGGAGCCUACGAAGCAGUUCAUUCUUAUCACGGACUGGCAGCUGGAGGCGAUUUUUGCUAUUCUAGCGCAGAAGGGGAAUGUCGGUCGUGAACACGUCAUCGAGUAUGCGUCUCGCAUAGUGCCCGACGAACGGAGAAACGAUUCGGCCCCGCAAGGCGAGUGUUACGUCGUGGUCAGGGGAAUUCAACACUUCCAUCCGUAUCUUUACAGACGAAAGGUUCUCGUGGUGACUGAUCACGAGCCGCUGCUAGCGCUGAAGAGGCUAAUUAAUUACACGGGUAUGAUUGGGCGAUGGGCGGCUUUUUUCCUUGAGAUCGACGUCACCAAUCUCACGGUGUGGGACCCCAUCAUCCGGCGAGGAAACGCGAGGCAAGGAGAAAAGGAGGAUGACAAAGACGAUGAAGAGGAAGAAUCGAGCGAAGAUCGUGACGAUCCCGAUUACGUUCAAGGAGAAGAGGAGGAAGACGAAGAAGGUGAGCCAGCAGAGGAGGAAGGUGUAGCGGGUGAGCCGAGUCAGUGGCCCGGACGAAGUAAGGAAGAGGAGGAGGCAGAAGCACAAAAGCGGUUGGAAAAGGCGGAGGGAAAGCGGCCGGUUACGGAAGGAACCCCUCCUGAUUGGUUGUUGGGAGAUCCGUGGCUCGAUCCAGAGCCCCCAAAGGAAGAAGAAGGAGGCCAUGGAGCCUCGGCGGAGGGAUCAGGAAGACGUCGCCGAAGGAGGAGCGAAUCGCCGACUUCGUCUGGGUCUCCUGCCCGACCUGCCAUUCGCCUACGUCAAAAUGAGGGCGAUCGGGCUUCGUCCCCGGUCGUUCUCUCGCCGUCCCCUUGACUUCCUGAUGCUCACCCGACUCCUUGGUAGACCCCAGUUCCCCGCGG